GCGCUGCAGUCUCUUCCCUUCUUGUCUUAUUCUCCGUGAAUCAGAUAAGGCCUGUAUUUUCCACUCUGUCAUGGGACGGCUCACUUUUUGUCAGUUCUUGCUCUCCCAAAGAGUCUCACAGUCUUGCCUUCUGGUGUCAUCUGCAUUAUCAGCAAGUUUUUGAAACUGUGUGUGAAUCAGCACAAACACUUUGAUGAUACGGUACUUUUGAGCUUGGCAAUGGAGUUUGACUGAGCUGUUGAAGAAAUCGGACCGUGUUUUGCAAGGCUACGGUUUCAGAAUCAAACUUUUUGGUUGGGUUUGACCUCAGAAAUGGGAGAUUUCGAUAAAAUAUGGCGUGAGCAUUGUGAAGACGAGCAGACUCUCAGCGAAUAUGCCAUGGCCAUGAAGAAUCUUGCUGACAACCACUGGGCCAAUAAAUGCGAGGGAGAGGGACGGAUUGAGUGGUGCCGCAGUGUUUGUCAGGAGUACUUCCAGGAUGGAGGGAUGAGGCGAGUGUUGGAGAAGGAUGAGAAGAGCGCUAGGCAUGCCGCAGCUGGGAAUGCAAACACUGCUGCAAAUGCUCCACCGCAGCUGUCCUCUAUAAGUACCAGCUCAACAUUCCAACUUGGGAGGAUCCGACUCUUGGAUGUGGGCAGCUGUUUCAAUCCUUUCCUGAAGUUUGAUGAGUUUCUGACUGUCGGUAUUGACAUUGUGCCAGCAGUAGAGAGUGUCUACAAAUGUGACUUUCUCAACCUGCAGCUGCAGCAGCCUCUGCAGCUGGCCAGCGAUGCCUUGGAUGCUUUCUUGCGGCAGUUACGUGGCCCAAUUGACGCUUUACCUGCCGAGUUAUUUCACAUAGUAGUCUUCUCCCUUCUUCUCUCCUACUUUCCUUCCCCCUACCAGCGCUGGCUCUGCUGCAAGAAAGCACAUGAACUCCUGACCCUGAACGGCCUGCUCCUCAUCAUCACCCCUGAUUCUUCUCACCAGGGCCGGCACGCGCUUAUGAUGCGCAGCUGGCGAGUUGCGGUAGAGUCGCUGGGAUUCAAGCGCUACAAGUACGUCAAAUUCUCCCACAUGCACCUGAUUGCUUUCCGCAAGGUAUCCCCUACCACCAGCAGCGACCUAGUGAGCCGCAACUACCCGGAGAUGCUUUACAUCCCGCAGGACUUUAACACUUUCGACGAGGACGGAUUCGCAGAUUGCUACGAGCCUCCGCGAUCAGAUUUCGAAGACGACCAGAUGGCAUGUAGCUUCGCGGAACUGCCAGAAACUCCGUACGAUUCAGACUCUGGAGAGAGCCAGAGCAGCUCGGCGCCUUUCUAUGAGCUGGAAGACCCUAUUCUGCUGCAGAGCUGAACUUGUUUACUAGCCCCCUCUUGGUAUUUAGUACCCUACAGUUGUGCUGCCAAAAUUGCUCCGCUGCGUUUUUUUGUUGUCUACUCGACCCCCUUUUUAAGCAGCAAAAAGUUUGCACAGAGUGAAUGAGGACGUUUAAGUGGGCGUGGAUUUUUAAAAAGCGUGCAAGACAUCCUUUUGAACACAAAUAUACACACUAAACAAUCUUACGGUGACUAUGAAAUUGAAGUGAUGUGGUUUUGCAAUAGAAAAACAACUGCGUGAUAACAGGUCGAGGACCAUUUUCAUUCAGAAUGAGUGUCGAUUGGACAAAUGUUUGUAAACUAGCAUAAAUUACACCUUGGGUGUAGUUUAUAGUAGAGUUUUAAGAGAUCCAACCUUUUGGCCGAAGUUACCACAAUAUAUUGUGUUGGUCUUUUUCAAUGGAAUUUCUUGAAUAGGUAAGUUCAACCAAAAAUUUUCUCUUUCCAUCUAAUGGAACUAUGCGGGGGUCCAAAAGAGAGCUGUUUUGAUUUGACAAAUUGUUACAUUUUUGCUUGAACGUGUGCUUUAAAGGUUUGAUUCUCCGCAAAUUUCCUGAGACAUUUUGAACGAUGAUUUCAGCCAUUCAUUCGAUCGAAUUAUUUUUGGAAUAGCCAGCCUUAUGAUAUUUGUAGCAUUUUACGUAUCUGCAGAACUUGUGAGUGUUUGGUUAUGUGACGUCGUAACUGUGAAUGUGGAUUUCUUGCUUCAAAAGGUACAAAUCAUGCGAAUUAGUCAUAGUUUUUCAGAACAAACAAUCUUACAGGUGACCAGAUUGGAUGCAUGCGAUGUGGAAACAUGUUUCUAAUCUUGCGAUCAAAUGGCCUGCAAGUAGCUUUGUUUUCAUUUAAACUGGUAUUAUAACCAAUACUAUCCAAGUACUUGUCCGUAGUAUGUAGUAUGGUGCAGGUUAGCUCUCUCUGCAUUUUGCCAUAAUGUGACUUUGAGUAGGAUGAUUGUUUACUCUUGACUGUUUACUCUCGAAACCUUCAGUUGCUAAUUCUACUUCCUGUAUCGUCAUCUUCUGUAUAUUUGACAUUGAGUUCUUUGGUAUCAAAUUUUUAGCUUUUUGCGCAUACAAUUACAACGCGUAACUUUUAAGGUACAAGUACAGAAAGUACUCUGUCAAAUGUUGAUUUGAAGUACUAUCAAAAGAUUGUUGCAUAUCACCGUGCAUUUUUAGCUCAGAAUUUGCAGCUUUUUUAUUCACUCCAAGUUCUUAAAAACACUAUAUUAAAGGGAUCACUCACCUAAAAGUGAAAAUUUGUAGUUAAAUUAAUUUACUCACACUUGGGUCAUUCAAGAUUACAUUUGUUUUUCAAUGGAAAUUAAAGGAACUUUUUUUUUUGUUUGUUUUGAGAAAUAGGCUCAUUUUGCAACUUUCCUAGUGUUAAACAAUUACGUUUUACCAUUAUAGAAUCCAUUCAGCUGACAUACAGGUCUGGCGGGAGCACUUUUAGCUUAGCUUAGCUUAGCAUAAAUCAUUGAAUCAGAUUAGACCAUUAGCAUCUUGUUAAAAAAAAUGAUGAAAAUGUUCCUACUUAAAGCUUGACUCUUCUGUAGUUCCAUCAUGUACAACAUGUACAAACGUUGCUAUUUUCUAUGUCAGUAUGGCUUAGAACUAUAUUCUUAUGAUUUCUUGAUUAUUACGCCAGAAUGAGAGUACAGUUCCUAGCCAUCCCCAAGGAAAAUGUAUGUGGAACUGUGGUUCUUAGUGAUUUUAGAAAUGCAAGUCCACGCCUACAGGUGCUUUUUAGUGUCAAAAAAUACAUAUAGGAAAAAAAGAAUAAGUAAAAAACAGGUGUUACAUUUUUGCUUGAAUGUGUCCUUUAAAGGUUUGAUUCUCCAUAGUUAAUCGCAUUUACUCACACUUGGGCCAUUCAAGAUUAUAUUUGAUUUUCAAUGGAAAUUAAAGGAAGCACUUUUAGCUUAGCAUAAAUCAUUGAAUCAGAUUAGACCAUUAGCAUCUCGCUCAAGAAAAACAAGUUUUGAUGAUUUUCCUAGUUUCCAUUUCCAAUAAAAGAGAAGUGUUUGUUUAAAGAAAAGAAAAAUAUAUGUGGAACUGUGGUCCUUGGUGAUUUGAAAAAUGCAAGGCAGUGCCUACAGGUGCUUUUAAGUGUUAAAAAAUACAUAUAGGAAACCAUAAAUUUGUAAAAAUAAAUUAGUGAGGUUUUAUGAAACGAAACAAUGGGCUUGUGCAUACUGAACAUUACUUACACAGUGAUUUACUUUAAUUCACAGUCUUGGCAAAGGGUCCUGAGUGCUUUUAUGCCAGUCUGGAGCACAAACAUCUCUCACAUUCACUUCGUAAGACUUCAAUGUAAUCAUUUUAUUUUGCUUGUAUGUUUUCGUGUUCAGGUAGUCAUUGACUUGCAUUUUAUUAAUCACCAAGGACCACAGUUUCAGCUAAAAACCUUCUUUUAUGUCCUACUAAAGGAAAAAAUAUAAUCAACUACACUACGUCUUGGAUGACAUGAGGUUGAGUAAAUUAACCGUAAUUUUCAUUUGAUCUGAACUAUCCUUUUAAUAGUCCAAGCAAAUAUUUGCACAUUUGAAAUGAGGUAUGUAAAAUAUCCAUAUUGGCAUCAGCAUUUCAUUAGAAAAGCAAUAUAUUCAUAAUCAACAAUGCCCCAUAUCGCUGUAACCUAACCGUUACAUGGAGUAACUGAUUUUAGGAUGUGUAUUGUAUUAAUAUGGUUACCGAUUGGUAAGUCUGAGAAUAUGCUGCGAUGGGUGUUUUACUCCUGAAGGAGUGUGUGAGAUGUAGAUUAAGGUUUUGUUGAAGUAGGUGUUGGGCACUUUAAAUGUGUUGUAGGGGUGCCAAAAAUAAGUGCAGAUUUGAAAUGGUAUAAGAAGCUUUCAGGGUAUUGGAAAAAAAAAAAUCCUCUUUAAGGUGCCUUCAAACUCAAAUUGUAUUUUUGCAUUUGUGAUUAUAUGAAAUGGAUGCUAGAACAGGCGACUGGAAGUAAAAGCUCAUUUCUCUCCCACUGUAAACAGUUUGAUUACAAUUUUCCAGUGAAUUAACAAGCUCUUGGCUGAAUUACUAAAAAAUACUGCCCUGUCAGCAAUAGCAUUUAAAUGUAUACUUCAGCAUACAGUUUCUCGAUUUAUAAAUCUAAGAAAAAAGAUGUUUUGAAACAAUAAAAACGGAAGGAAAAAAAGCUUUGUAUUAUACUGUUUACUCGGUGGUGUAUUCAAACAUUUGCAUAUCAGAUGUCUUAGUCUUCCCGCAGGCUCUAAUCCAACGUUUGCAUGAUUGAUUUUGUUAUCAGUGUUAUGAUGGUUGACCACUCCCACAUGACCGAGCUGUUUGUGUGAACUGUUGUCAUUCAUCUUUUAUAAAUAAAAGUUUUUGUUGCCUUCU